UCAUUUGAAGACAGCAUACCCGGUACGCUAGCUGACGACAUUUCGACAAAUACCUACGAUCAUUUUCGAAUACCGUUCGCAACUCUUCGCGUAUUUCUAAAUUCUAGUGAUGCUCAAUCUGAUAUAAGAAUCCUGCACUUGAUCUCCAGAGACAAUGGGAAACGUACGCUCCCGUCCACGUCCUCGAUCCCAUCUUCCUGGGAAUGAAACCAGCAACGUUAGCAAUCGAGGAUCAUACCAUGCCACUGACCUGAGCAGAUCAGAGUCUGGGGGUCUGGAACAGCCGCUAGAGUACAAGGAGAAAGGCAGCAUGGAAUCAGAGAGGAAGGAUGAGAUUGAAAAGAGGGAUAGUGCUUGCAACGGGUCUGCAGAAGAGAGGGGGAAGGCUGUAGGAGGGGAUGGUGAGAAAUUGAAGGAGAAGGAAGUUAAGGAGGCAGAGGAGGUAAAAGAAGCACAAAGGACUCUUGAGGAUACCUCAAAGGCAUAUGAACCUGACAAGGAAAUUGCAGUUGGACCAAAGGGUGAUGCAGGAGAGAUUAAAGAAAGAGAAGAACUGAAUGAUGAGGGGAUGGAUUUGAAAGAGGAGGCUAGUGAGAAGGAGACAAGGACAGCAAAAGAAAAGGAAAAGGAUGAGGAUGUUGUCACCGGAGAAAAACAGGAUCCAAUAAGCAAGGAAAAAGAUAAUGAUGCCUCUGCAAAGCAGACUGAAGGAAUCAGUCAUGGGGCACAGGUAUCUCACGGUGCACACAAUAAGCCUCCCCCAUCUCACCCUACCCCAACCAAAUGGCCAUGGCCCACCAACGCAACCACCGUCAAUGAGGUGGUGGCUGAGGUUUGGAAUGAGAUCGAUGACCAAUGUCUGCUCUAUCCAUUGUCUCACACCAAUCUCACCCAGACACUGACCGGAUGGAAGGUUGUUAGACUCUUUGUGUCUUCAACUUUUCAUGAUUUUCAGAAUGAGAGAGAAAUAUUGGUCAAGAAGGUGUUUCCUGAGCUACGUGAGUGGUGUGAGAAACGACGGAUCCAUUUCAUCGAGUGUGACUUACGAUGGGGCGUGCCGCGAGACUCGACGACGCGGACAGUCCUCUGCACUUGCAUGGAGGAGAUCGACCGAUGCCAUGAAGAUACGGAGGGAGAACCAUUCUUCCUUAACAUGCUCGGUGAAAGAUAUGGCUGGGUUCCGACCAAAGAUGAUGUCCCUGAAGACAUAGCUAAGAAGUAUGACUGGGUCGGCAAUAGUUCUAUCACCCACAUGGAGAUCCUACACGGGGCUUACCGAUUCUGCAACCGCAACGCUGCAUUUUUCCUGCGAGAGGUGGAAGACAUGCCGGAUGAUGUGAAGGCAAAGUUUGCAGACCCCACUGAUCUUGGCCUUCGACAGAUUGAUAGAUUGAGGACAAAGUUAGCCUCAAGAUUUCCAGAGCAAGCACACAAUUACACCUGUCAGUAUGACCCAUCAGAUACAAGUUGUAUUAAACUUGUUGGAUUGGAAAAAUUUGGGCAGGGGGUCCUUGAAUACUUCAAGUUUGUUAUCGAUCGUAAAUACCCUAAGGAAGCUGUGGAACUCACACCAGAAGAGCAAGAAAGUGAUCGUCAGACUCUGUAUCUUGGUCACAAGGGUCAGUUGAUCUACGGCCGGGAAAGAGAAAUCAAAUAUCUACAGGACUAUGUGACAGGUGCCGGAGAUUACUCCAAAGAAAGUCUGGCAGAGCAAUGGCAGUCUAGAUUCUAUCCUGAAAAAUGCAAACAAGUCCUUUUUGAAGCAGAAGAGAAGAAUGAACCAGAAAGUGAUGAAAAGAAGGAUGAAGAGGAAAGUGAAAAAGAGAAUAAGACUCGGCAUUCUCCUGUUGCCGUGGUAGCCCAGUCCGGUCAGGGCAAAUCAUCAUUGAUGGCCAGAUUCAUCAUGGAAGCUAAACAGGCUGGACUGAAUGUAUUCUUCCACCUUGUAGGUUGCAGUGGGGACAGUCUUAGCCUGAUCAAGAUGCUAGCAAGGUUGUGUCACUAUCUGGCGCCCUCUGAAGAUGAGAGAAUAUCUAAGUUGAAAGACAUGUCAACAGAGAAUGUUGUGAAGUUGAGUAGAACUCUUCUCAAAGAAUACAUGGAUGAAGGAAAACAGCUUGUCAUCGUCAUUGAUGAUUUAACUCAGUUGCAACUUGAUGAUGCGAGUUGGUCAGACUGGAUUCCUGAUUCUCUAGAGGGUGAUGUCUACAUGGUAUUCAGUCUCGUCCAAGAGGAAUAUAAAAUGAAGGAAAUAAAAGCAAAGGUACCCUCUCUUCGGUACCUUGAGCUUGGUCAUCUUGACCAUUGUGCUCGAGUGACCAUUGUUGAGAACUUCUUUGACCAGUACAACAAGAAACUUGAUCCAGAGCAGUUGGAAAUCUUGACACGCUCUCCUGGAGCUGAGAAUGCUCUGUGGCUAGCUCUAGCCUGUGAAGAACUGAGAGUCUUUGGGGCAUUUGAAGCAUUGACUGCACUGAUCAGGGAUCUACCAGAUAACCUAGAAGGUAUGGUGUGUGACAUCCUGCAGAGAUUGAGAUCAGAAGAUGAGACAGGAUUAGUUGAGAAGACUCUUUGCUUCUUGGAGUGCUGUAUGAAAGGUCUCACAGAACAGGAGUUAGAGUGUCUCCUAGGGGACAUGGAGACCAAGACACCCAUACCUAAGCUACACCUUGCCAUGGUACGAAGAACCCUCAAACCAUUCCUCAGGAGAAUCAGCGGUAUGUGCAAAGUGGAAUGCAUCACAUUCUUCCAUCAUGCUAUUGGAUGGGUUGUGAGAAAGACGUUGCUUGCCGAUGCUACCGAGCUGGCAAAAUACAAUCUUCACAUGGCAGAGUACUACUUGAACUGGUAUGAGUACAGUGAUGAUUUGGCAGCAAAGAAUGCAGCCUUCCAUCUCAGUAAGUCCAAUGACAAGGGCCGCUUGGUGAACUUCCUCACUAAGGACAAACGUAGCAGGUUCUUAGGACCGGUCCUCAAAUCUGGCUACCUCAAGCAUUGUCGUUGUCGAGCGAUGAUCAACACAAAAGGACCGUUCCAAACCCAACUCUUUCUUUGUAAUUUCUGUGGUCCUCAACGUAAUGCCUUUGGCAACGAAGUCUGGUGCAAUGCAGAGAGCUGUAUUCUAUGUGGCCAUUUUGUGAACCAAAUGUUCAGGAAAGACAGCAAUAAAGCCUACCGAUGUCAGCAGCAUCCUCUGAAAUGUCCACGAUUUCCAAACGCUAAGAGCUGCAUGCUAUGCAAACGCACCAUCAUGGCAGGGCAAGAGAAACCAGCCUACCUCUGUCAGUUCUGCCAUAUGAUGGGAGGGUUUGUUACAUGUAGUAAUCUGAAUACUGAUAGCAGAUAGUGUUGCUUAUGUCGAGGACACUUCAAUUUGACACCAACAUUUAUCACAAAGGAACUUUAGAAACAGUGUUUUGAUAAUGUAGUUCUGCAUAAAUCUGCAAUAUGUUAAUGUGUGUCACUGAAUACUCAUGAGAGAUGGUGUUGCUUAUUUCGUGUACACUUCUUUUGGACACCAACAUCUAUGACAGAGGAACUUCAGAAGCAGUCUGUGGCCAGUUCAGUAAUAUGGGAGGGUUCACCACAUGCUGUAAUCUGAAUCCAGAAAGCAGAUAAUGAUGUCGCAGUGUUGAAAGCUUCUUUGGACACUAAUAUGUAUCAUGGAUUAGCUUUGGAGUCGGUCUUCAGGCCAGUUCUGCAAUAUAGGAGUUUGUCACAUUGAACAUGAAUAGUAAUGGGAGAUUGUGUCGCUGGUGUCUUGAAUACAUCGCUUGGGUACCAAUGUGUAUCAUGAAGAGACUUGAAAAAUGGCCCAAUGUCCGCUCUUUGAUUUGGCUAAAUUUGUCAUGUGCUGAACUUGUCAUUCUUUAGCCAUUUUCUUUCCCUGUUUAUAGCCCUUUUGUAUUCUUUUUGAAAAUGGCAACAGAACAGUGCAUUGUGUCCAUUUUCCACAGAUUUGCUCUCAGUGGAAACUUGAGUACUAAUGGGAGAUAAUGUUAUGCUGUCCUCUCUUGGACACCUAUGCAGAUAUGUUUGUUUUCAUUAGCACAGACAUGGGAAGACUUCAUUGAUAAUUGUUCUUCGGAGGAAACAUAAGCUUUUGUAGAAUAGGAGUCUUUAAUCUCAUGAAGAAGCAGUGGGAAAUUCCCAGGAAAUGACUUGGUGGACGUUUUAUCUGACAAGUCCAGUUUCAUCUGACAGUUGCCAAAGUAAUAUAGCUUCUCAGCCAAUCAAAUUAAAUAAAAUUUGUUAGACAAACAUGUUGAUGAAAUGCUCUCCAGAUUUUUACCUUCUUUACAUUACCAUUGCUGCAAAUAAAAACGACACAAGAAUCAAGUAAAUGAAAAUGAAUAGAUAGCCAAGUUUUCAAAUUACCUGAAAUUAUCUGCAUGCUAAAAUAUUGAUUUAACAUGAAUUUAGACAUGUAUUCUGGUCUAUAUGCUCAUAUAAAAUUCCAAUCAAAUAUUGUUUGCCUGUUUCAAAUUCACAUAUACAGUCACUCUAAACUGGAAAAUUUGAAGAUUUUGAGGUAGGCUUCCCAUUAUGAAUACCAAAACUGAUUUCACCUCUAUCAUGUUUGUAUUGAUGAAACUCCAUGAAUAAAAUAACAGAAUGCUUGAGCAACAGACAUAGAUGAAACUAUUAAAGUCAUUCCUUAUUUUUAAGUAAUUACACCAAAGAUAUAAGUAUUCAUAAUUCCAGUACUCCCUUUUAUCUUCUUGAUAAGCCUUAGAUCACUUUGAAAGCAAUUAUUACUAAUUUAUGCGAAUAUAAAUCAUGCAGCUAUCAGAAUUUUUUUUCUUUGGUUACAGCAAUAAUGGCACCGAAUUAGUACUGAAAUAAUAUUACUACUACUAUUGUGAAUCCUACUUGGAUGGUUUUAAAUAAAGUUGUCUGUAUAUCAUGUAUGACAUAGGAAUUAAUAACUGAUGACUGGUAACCUUUUUUUAGGGUGCUUAUUAAGAUUUUCACUCCUUUGAUUCUCAUCAGGUAAAAUUGAACUUUAGUCAUUCUGAUUGAAAUAUCAAAUUUUGAGCCAAAAGUCUGAAUGAAAAAUGAAAUAUUUCUCAUGAUAAGAUUAUUGUUUUUGGAAUUGCACUCCUAUUAUGAUUUUUUUCCCUUAACUUUUUAGCCCCCCAAAUGCCUUUUAUUGAGUCAAAUAAUAUCAAAAUAUACACCAGCAAACAUUAUUACACAAUCAGUAAAUGAACUCAAAACAUUAAUAAUACUUCACAUUUCUCUCAAGUAAAUAAAGAAUGAAGUGACAUCCAAUAGGUUUUAAAAUUUCUUAAACAAACCCAAUAUAGAGUUACAUGUAAUGUAUCUCUCAUCUUCACAAUACUGAAUAUUUUUUUUUGCAUAUGUAAACACAGGGUUUUUUUUAAUUUAGCUUUUGAAGAAUUUCUUUUUGGCUUAUACAUACCAAACAGUUCAAUGCAUCAUUUCUUUCUCAACGAAACCAAAGAUUUAUUUUUUCAAACUAAACUUGACAUGUGCCUGAGAACAUUCAUUUAUGCCAUUAUGUUAACCCAUCAGGGACCAAGCCGCAUAUAUGUGGAUGGAGUCUAUGGAAAACAUGUGUUAUAGUGAAAUCAUUCAGUCUCUUAUGGGUUAAACCAGGAAAUGUAGUUUAUCUCGUUUAGUACAAGAAAGGGUCACCAGCUGUGUGUAUUAAAUGUAAUGAUUAAUUUGAUUACAUGCAUGUACAUGUUGGAGGUCUAGAAAAGAAAAAAAGUGUAUGUUAAGAAUUGCUUAGGUUACACCAAUUGCUAUAUCAUUCCAGAUUAACUUACAUGUAUGUGGCACUAAAAUUAAUUUCUAAAUUGGGGUUUCAUAGAUAGUUUUUAUGAUCCAUUCACUUAUGAAUACAUGUAUAUUUAAAUUUAUUUAUUUUCCACAAUCUGAUAAAAAUACAGGUACAAUAGCAUAAAAACACAUUCAAAAAUGCAUUCAAACAUGAAUACAAAAGGGUACAUUAUAAAUAAAGUAAAUAACAGAAAGUGGUGGGAUUAACAAUAGACCUCAAGACCUUACAAAGGUAUAUCCCUAUAUAUAUAUGCAAACAGUUCUACACAUGUGAAUGAAACGGAUAACUAUGAGUGUUAAGCAUUGAUUAUAAGAAUUAUUAUUCAAAUACAAAGUAACAAUUUUUAGUAACCAAAUUUAGAAAUCAACAUAUUUAAGUUUACCUCCUAAGAACAAAGAAAUGAAAUGAAUACUAUUAAACAGUACUGUGUAUGAAACAUUUAAAUCAUGUAGUCUUUCAUCUUAAUAUUUGUGUCUAACAUUAUGAUUUUUUGUUUAGAUCUGCCUUGUAUAAAUCAGAUGAAAUCUUCUUUUGAUCUUCUGCUUUUCUAUAGUGUUAUAUUUUUGUCAUAUGCCAUAUUUUUACAUAAUGUAAAUUCUUUUCACAGUAUGUAUAGUGUGUAAUGCAGGCAAUUAAACUAGCAAAUAAAAGGCAAUACUUUUUUGUUGAUAAUGAAAUAUAUUGUAAUAGAUUAAUUUUAUCAAUUUCCUCUUGUGUUUAAAUUUACAAGCAGUUCUUUCAGUUCCCAUUCAUGCUAUGAACUAACAGUAAGUUAGGUUUUUGUUUUAUGAAUAUUUUAUCAUGUAUUUUUUAUUAUAAAAAGACCAUUCAGUCUUCAAAGUGUAUUUUAUUGAUUGAUUUAUUGUUUGUACAGUUUUUGUCUCACCUGCAUAGCAGAGUGAGACUAUAGGCGCCGCUUUUCCGACGGCGACGGCGGCGGCGACGGCGACGGCGGCGGCGGCGUCAACACCAAAUCUUAACCUGAGGUUAAGUUUUUGAAAUGACAGCAUAACUUAGAAAGUAUAUGGACCUAGUUCAUGAAACUUGGCCAUAAGGUUAAUCAAGUAUUACUGAACAUCCUGCCUGAGUUUCAUGUCACAUGACCAAGGUCAAAGGUCAUUUAGGGUCAAUGAACUUAGACCAUGUUGGGGGAAUCAACAUCAAAAUCUUAACCUAAGGUUAAGUUUUUGAAAUGUCAUCAUAACUUAGAAAAUAUAUGGACCUAGUUCAUGAAACUUAUACAUAAGGUUAAUCAAGUAUCACUGAACAUCCUGCAUGAGUUUCACAUCACAUGACCAAGGUCAAAGGUCAUUUAGGGUCAAUGAACUUUGGCCGAAUUGGGGGUAUCUGUUGAAUUACCAUCAUAACUUUGAAAGUUUAUGGAUCUGAUUCAUGAAACUUGGACAUAAUAGUAAUCAAGUAUUACUGAACAUCCUGUGCAAGUGUCAGGUCACAUGAUCAAGGUCAAAGGUCAUUUAGGGUCAAUGAACUUUGGCCAAAUUGGGGUAUUUGUUGAAUUACAGCCAUAAAUUUGAAAGUGUGUUGGUCUAGUUCAUAAAACUUGGACAUAAUAGUAAUCAAGUAUCACUGAACAUCCUGUGCGAGUUUCAGGUCACAUGAUCAAGGUCAAAGGUCAUGUAAGGUCAAAGAACUUUGGCCACGUUGGGGGUAUUUGUUGAAUUGCCAUCAUAUCUCUAUAAGUGUAUUGGUCUAGUUCAUAAAACGUGGAAAUAAGAGUAACCAAGUAUCACUGAACAUCUUGUGCGAGUUAUAGUAGUUUUCAAAAUCAGCACUGCUGCUAUAUUGAAUCGCGUGAUGCAGGUGAGACGGCCAGAGGCAUUCCACUUGUUGUGGAAUAUGUUUGAAUUUUUACAACUCAAGCUUAACUAUUUUUGAUACUCAAAUCAUCUUGUUAAUGUCAUUAAUCUGUAAAGGAUAGCCAAAUCUUUAUAUUUAUAAUUUUCAGCUUAAAAACUCUUGAUAUUUUUUUUUCAAUCUGCAAAUGUAUGGUUUAUUCAUUGUAUCUAAUACUUUACAAGUAGGGAAAAAGUUUGUGCUGUGAAAUAUUAGUAAUACUUGUCAGAGUAGUACAUUUAUGUGUAAAUGUAUGUGUCUUUAUCAACAAUAUUUUUUUAUUAUAUUGUAUGAAAAUAGUAUAUUUUUCAUCUCAAGCUUUGAAUUUCAUGUGAAGUAAACUUAAGUUAGGUUAAUGAUCUAUACGGAAAAUGCAAUAAAGGACUUUAAUUUAUAAAAACAAUGUGCAAAUCAUAUAUAUGGUAAAAUGAUGUAGAGUAUAAAGUAAGUGAAAUAGAAAAUCAUAUUCAGUCACCAUCAGUGAGAUUUUUUGUGUAUUUUGUUAGCUUUAAUUGGUAUUCUUUCCUCAGUUUGGGAUUGAUGCUUGCUUAAUUCAGAUUUCAUGACAGUGUUUUGUGAAUAGAUUUAUUUUUUUCUUUCUUUCAUGGUAGGUAUGUUCAGCUCUGAAUGAAAUUUUCUAGUAAGAAUAUAAUGUGUACAAUGUAGAAUACUCUUUUUAUUGUUUAUUCUUGUUACGAUUAUCAAUUAUUGGGGGCAAUCAACUGUAGGGCUUUUUCUACUCAUUCUUGACCACAUGUUUUCAAACCACCCCGAAAUACAUUUAUUUUGAUUGAUCAACUUAUUACACUA